CACGCGGGUGACAUAACAAAGAAAAACAAAAACAUUGCUCAGGAUUUUAUUCUUCUCGGUCCGGAAUGGAUCGCCGGUUUCCCUUAUAAUUUGAAUAGUUCAACAAGGUAUGGACAUAAUGUAUGUGAUAGGUUUGUUCCGGAGCAGCCGUGCGAUCGGCUCCCUGAAGGCGAGUCGAUACUUCAGUGUCAAAGCAUCGGAACAGGUCACCUCGAAGAGAGAAGAUCGAUUGGUCUCUGCCGGAAAGGAUUCGAGCCACACAACACCAGCUUCAAAGGAGCGUUUGAUAAAGGUUGCCAUAAUCGGUGUACCGAAUGCGGGAAAAAGCACAUUGAUAAACCAUUUGAUCAAUCAUAGGGUCUGUCCCACAUCGAUGAAGGUGCACACAACUCGAGAUACUGCAAAGGCCGUUCACAAUCGUUCCAACUCACAGAUGAUCUUAUUCGACACCCCAGGGCUGGUAGGUGAUCGUGAAAUAAAGAAGCACCAGCUGGGAUCAGGCUUCUUAUCCGCUUGUCGGCAUGCAAUCCAGAAUUCAAAUCUAAUCGGUGUGGUUCACGAUGUUUCCAACAGUUGGACUCGGAACACCCUGAAUCCAAUCUUGCUGAAUGUGCUCAAAGAACACACCAAUAUUCCUAGCUUUCUGAUACUGAACAAAAUAGAUACGCUGAAAUCCAAAAGAGCACUGUUGGACAUUGUCCGCAACAUAACGAACAAUGAGCUGGAAAAUAUAAAAAACUACCACAUAAAGAAAAGGAAAAGUACGCCUACUUCCAAGAAAGAACCAGAAUCUGAGGGAUGGUCAAAUUUCUCUCAAAUCUUCAUGGUGUCGGCCAUCACGGGCGAUGGCUUGAAAGAGGUGAUGGAUUUCAUCUACUCGCAUGCCAAACUCGGCUCCUGGGAGCAUCUGGCAUCAGAAACCACUGACCAGUCACCCGAACAGCUCAUCAUUGCAAGUGUUCGAGCGCGACUGUUGGAUUAUCUUCCUCAAGAAAUACCCUACAAUUUGCAAACUGAGCUGGAGUUUUACGAAAACAUUAAGGGAAAGAUUUUUGCAAGCGCCGUGGUGACUUGUCCCAGUCAACGCAUUGAGCGGUUGGUGUGUGGCGAGGGCAAUGGCAAACUGAGGCAGAUUACCGAAAGAGUUACGUCCGAUUUGAUAGAGACGUUUGCCGUGUCGGUUUCGCUGACCAUUUCGACCCGAGUGAAGAGUAAAGAAUAAAAAGUUGGCUGUAAAUUUGAUAGUUCUGUAUU